GACGCCGUAUCAAUUCAAAUUUGCACGGCGGAUGGGGUUAAAAAGCGUGAAUGAAUGAACGCUGAGAGUUGGCUUAAUUCAUAUUGUUCAGUCGCAGAUAACAAGAUAAAAAGAAAAAUAUAGAAUUUGAAAACCAUUCUAAACAACAAAAGCAGGAUGUGUGCUGCCGUUUCUUCGAGUCAUUGCGGAAUAGAUGUCUGCGUUGAUGAAGAUGUGUUGAGCAAAGCACCGCACUGUCCACACGGACCAACCCUUCUGUUUGAGCGUUUCACCCCAGGCAAGGACACAAGCCAACGCUACUAUGCCUGCUCGGCCUGCAGAGAUAGGAAGGACUGUGGGUUCUUCCAGCUCCACACCAAUGCUGAGAUCGUCUCAGACUUCAAGCAGCAGAUGAGAGAGGAGUACAACCGCUCCAGACAACCCUGGAAACGGCAGGAGGAUUAUUACCAAAGAUUCAUCACAACAGAGAGCCUUGCUGAGGAUGAGAGAACAUUCUGUUAUGAUUGCCAGCUGCUCAUCCUACCAGAUGAACAGCCUGAUCACAUAAAACAUCGCACCAAGAAGGGAAUCCCUAACCCAGACUUGGCAAAACCCAGCUAUCUGAUGGAGGCUAUUGAGAAUAACAAAACCAAUGCGCAAUACUUAUUUUCCACCAAGGCAGUGACAUUCUUCAUCCAAACAGUGAAAGCUCUGGGGUUCAAGAGAAUACUAUGUGUAGGUGUUCCAAGGACUGUAGUGCUACAUGAACAAAUCAUGGCCGAUACUUCAUCAGCUCUAGAGAGUCUGCUACUUGAUAUCGAUCACAGAUUUGGUCAGUUCUAUCCAUCUUCUCAGUUCUGCCGGUACAACAUGUUCAACCAUUACUUCCUGGAUGGUGCAGAGAGUCAGGAGAGAUGCAGGGAGUUCCUGACAAGAGACGAUGGUGAAGGUGUCGUCAUGAUAACGGACCCACCCUUUGGGGGCAUGGUGGAUGCCCUAGCGUCAGGGGUCAAAUGGAUCAUGGAGAUGUGGAGGUCAAAUGUCACACAUGUCAAUCGAUCGCUUCCUGUGAUGUGGAUAUUUCCAUAUUUCUUGGAGCACAGAAUCAUAGAGGGUCUACAAGGAUUUAAAAUGCUUGAUUAUAAGGUGGAUUACGACAACCAUCCUCUGUUUAAAGGAGGACCAGAUGCCAAGAAGAAAGGAUCACCGGUCAGGAUCUUUACCAACCUUGAUCCAGCUAAGAUAGAACUACCAACAUCUGAAGGAUACAGAUUAUGUAAGGAAUGCCAUCGCUAUGUAGCAGCCGAGAAUGUCCACUGCUCCAAGUGCCAGGAGUGCCCGUCUAAGAACGGUACAACAUACACCCACUGUGAGAUCUGCAACAAAUGUGUUAAGCCAUCCUUCAGCCACUGUACCAAGUGUAACAUGUGUGAGUUAGCGACUCAUGACUGCGGUAAGGUCCAAGCUGGUUGCCAUGUGUGUGGAGCUCUCGACCACAAGAGGAGAGACUGUCCAAAGAGAUCGUCGUCAUCAUCCAAAAAAAGAUCAUAUGAGGAGGCUGUUAGCAGUGAUGCCAGCAAGCUGUUGACAUGGACAAAGAGGAAGAAGAGGAAGAAUCCUGCACUGUCUUCGGUCCUGCGUCAUUUCAGACCGGUAGAAGAACAAGCUGUUGGGACUCCUCGGGCAGCGGUCCAUCCAACCAUCAGCAAACGUCCGGGUGAGAAUGGAGUCCAGUCUCCAGGAUCCAUCGGAAGCCCAUGUAUCAGUGCCACAGGGUCGUCACCACUGCAAUCGCUGCAGUUAACUCCCAUGACCAAAGGCAUUCAAAGUCCUGAAGAAGGCAUUGGAAGGACAGUUCAACCUGAUGACUCUACGCAGGAAUCACCAUGUCCGUCCAAAGUUGAUGGUAACGAUAACAUCCUUGAAGGAUCCAUGGACGGGUCGGGAUUCAGCACAGAGAGCAGUGUGGUCGAGAGCCCUCGUAGUUUACGAAAGGGACAGUCUUUAUCGAGUUUAAGUGGCAUCGGAACACAAGAUGUGAGGAAGGGAAGGGUUGAUGGGAAGAAGAUGUCUAAGCUGAAGAGUAAAAAGAAGAAGCUGAUGGAGAGGAUCGAGAAGUUGAGAAUGAAGAGAAAGAUUACAUUAAAACUAUGAAAUCUUAAAGGAAAAAUUGAUUUGAUUUGAUUCAAAUUUUCGGUUUCUGCCAAAUUUGGUUUCAUCCAGACAAUAUUUAGAACAUACAUUUUCAUAAGCAUAAGUAAAAUUCUGAUGCCAUAAAGAGAGGUGUUGUGGUCUGGUGGAUACGUCAUUGGUCCAUGGAUCACAGGGUUUGAGGUUCAAGUCCCGCUGUGGCA